AUGUCGCGCCUCUACGAUGACUAUGAGGAAGAUGAGUGGUAUCAUAGAGAUGUCUACAACGGCGCUCGCCAUGUUCCCAAACCACAGAUCCGCGAGCAUCUCGGCGGCCGGCGCAUCUCCGAGUACCUCAACCCAGAAGUCCACUAUACAAGUGGUCUCCACCGAACCAAGUCCACCGGUCACUCGCCGACCCCCAAUGUGACUAUCUACAAUACAACUCGCAUGGACAAUGAGAGCAACCCCAAUAUGCGCACUACUACCGAUCAACGAAGCCGCGAGGCCAGUGCUGACGGCCGUGGCCGCACUCGAAGAAUGCCCGGUGAAUGGGGGCUUGAUGACGAAGUCGAAGAGCUGAGGAUGCAGAUGCGACUGGCACGAUCUCGCUCCCGCGGAGAGCAUUAUCAUCAUCACGGCCACUCACCAGAUCGCACCUAUGACGAUAGGUUGAAGCUGUCUUUGGCCGAGCAGAAGCUGAGGGAAGCUGAGGCAAAGAUCGAGGCAGAGAGGCGCGAGGAGAUCAUAAAGAGGAAACUCGAGCUCAAGUACAUCAAGGAUCGACAAGAGCGCGAUGACGAGGAGGCUCGCAUCAAAUGCAUUGAAGAGAGGUUGCGUACGGAUUUGGACCUCAAACGGGAGCGAGAAGAGCGGGCACGUGAGCGUGCGCUUCGCGACGAAGCAGACAAGAGGGAGCGCAUUCUCGCUGACAGCAAAGCUAAGGCUGAAAAAGAGCUGAGAGAGAAGAAAGCGGAGAAGGACAGGAUCCUGGCUGAUCAUGAGAGAGAAGAGAGGGAUGCUGACGAGAAGCGAAAACGUCUGGUACAAGAGCAGAGAGAGAAAUUCGAAAAGGAGCAGCGCGAGCGUGAUGCACAAGCAAAGGCACAGGAAAAGGAGGCGGAGCGCAUCGUUGCAGAAGCGCAAGUCAAGCGUGAGGCCGCUGCAAAGAAAGCGAGGGAGGCUGAACAGGCCGCGGUAGAUGCCUACAAUAAAAGAAAAGCUGAAGAAGAGGCCAAAGCAAGAGCCGAGCAGGAGCGCAUCGUCUACGAGUACGAGCGCAAGAAGGUCCUCGACGCAGAGAAGGCAAAGAAGCAACGCGAGGAGCUACUCUUGCAGAUGGAGCUCGAGAAGAAGGCCCAAGCAAAGAAGGAGCAGGAAGAAUACGAGGAUUUCAUGCGCAGGCAAGCCGCAAAGAAGGCUGCUGAGAAAGCCAAGCAAGAUAAGGAGGAUGCAGAGCUUGAAGCGGCCAUGCGCAAACGCCUGGCACAAUUCGGCUUCCAGGAGAACCAAAUCCAAGCCAUGGUUCACCCCGAACAGCAGAAGAAGCUGGAGCAGCAGCAGGUCGGCCUGACACCACACAAUCCACUGCGCAUUGCACCUCAGCCCACAUACGCAAAGAUUAGGAGGGAGUAUCUCGACAUCGAGACCUUGCACUACUACGACAUUCCCUACGAGUACGAUGCUGAUCCCAGCUACAUCAUCGUACUCCGCGAGAUGAACCAGAGGGAGACCGACAUCCUCUUCGAGCACACAAGGCGAUUGCGUUCAAACCAUGGACACCACCUCUUUAUCGAAGCAGAUGGUCGCGACCGCCACGGCAAGAAGGAAUACGCCUUCGUACGCAAGAAGUCCAGGUCGAGGUCUCGCAGCGACAUCUCACGCCCGGCAAAGAACGUAACGCUCUGUGAAAUGCUUUUCAGAUAG